AUGUCCCUGGCUGCUUACUGUGUCAUCUGCUGCAGAAGAAUGGGGACCUCUCCUCCCUCGCCCACAAGUGACACGUACUGGCGACACAUCAGAAAUCUCAUCAAGUUGACGGGCUCCCUCAUUCUGGGAGGUUCUUUGUUUUUAACAUACGGAGUUCUGGCCCUGAAGAAGUCCUUGACGCUGGAUUCUCAGGUGGUAGAGCAAGAAAAGAUGAAAUCGUACAUAUACGUGAACGCGGCUUCCUCGGACAUCAGGGACACGCAGGGAGUCACAUACCAGGCAAGGAAAGAACUUCAUAAAGCAGUGAGGAAAAUGCUGGCCACGUCAGCCAGAAUACUACGUGGUCCAUUUGCUGACAGCUUCAGCACGGUGGACGUGGAGGACCACGAGUGUGCCGUGUGGCUGCUGCUGCGGAAGAGCAUGGCGGGCGACGCGGCGACGCGGCUGCAGGCUGUGCGGGAGCUGUCCCAGGCCCACCACUGGCACGAUUACCAGUACAGGAUCAUCGCCCAGGCCUGUGACAGGAGGACACUGGUGGGCCUGGCACGAAGCAAAGAGAGUGACCUUCGCUUUUUCCUCCCACCUCCUCCUUUGCCACCAUUAAAAGACGACUCUUGCAUCGAAGAGGAGCUCAGGCACCUGCUGGCCUCCCUGCCACAGACAGAGGUGGACGAGUGUGUCCAAUACUUCACGUCGUUGGCGCUGAGCGAGAGCAGUCAGAGUCUGGCUGCCCAGAAGGGUGGAUUGUGGUGUUUCGGAGGAAAUGGACUCCCUUACGCGGAAAGUUUUGGGAAGGUUCCUUCAGCCACAGUAGAGACGUUCUGCUUAGAAGCGAUCGUAAAACAUUCUGAGGUGAGACUUCUUGUCAAAAAGAUGCUGGUGGAAGCCGCCAAGGACCCGGCCAUGAGCGCGCUGGUCAACAACACCAGGGGGAUGAUUUUCUACAGCGUCCCUCACCACGGGUCGCACCUGGCCGAGUACUCCGUCACCUACCGCUACCUCCUCUUCCCCUCGCUGGAGGUCAAGGAACUCAGCAAGGACUCCCCGGCCCUGAAAGUGCUGCAGGACGACUUCCUGGAGUUCGCGAAAGGCAAGGACUUCCAGGUGCUCAGCUUCGUGGAGACGCUGCCCACCUACAUCGGGAGCAUGAUCAAGCUGCACGUGGUGCCCGUGGAGUCGGCAGAUUUAGGCAUUGGCGACCUCAUUCCUGUGGAUGUCAACCACUUGAACAUUUGUAAGCCAAAGACAAAGAACGCUUUUCUGUAUCAGCGUACUCUCCGGUUCAUCCACGAAACUCUGGCCAAAGACCUUGAGAACUAA